UGUCAUCUUACACCAAACCUCUCAAAUAAUGGCCCUAAGCUUCAAUGAUGAGAAUUCACUGUUCAACUUCGUUGUGAAAGAGGGAAAUGGUGUCAAAGGUCUGGUGGAGUACUCCGGGCUCACGGAGGUGCCACCUCGGUUCAUCCAACCUCCCAACGAGCGAUUCGACAAGCAGCAAGCAGCCCCAUCAUCUGAAAACAUGAUCAUUGAUCUAUCGGAGCUCGAUGGUCCUAACCACGAUCAAGUGGUCAAGGCCUUAGCCCAUGCUGCUGAAACUCUAGGUUUCUUUCAGGUGGUGAACCAUGGGGUGCCAUUGGAGCUCCUAGACUCGCUUAAAACUGCAACUCACCAAUUUUUUGACCAACCAGCUGAAAAGAAGGCGACAUAUCUCAAGGAGGUGAGUAACAAUCCGAUGGUGAUGUAUUCAACGAGUUUUGUUCCGGAGAAAGAGAAGAUUUGGAUGUGGAGAGACUUUUUUAAGAUGACAUACACCAAUGAUGCUGAUGCCCUUGAGUUUUGGCCUAAUGAAUGCAAGGAAGUAGUACUCGAGUACAUAAAGACAUCAACGGAGAUGGUGAAAAAACUACUACAAGCACUAAUUGAAAAUCUGGGAGUGAAACUAAACGAUUCAGGACUUGAUCCAUUUAUAGGUUCAAAGUCAGUGCACAUGAUCUUCUACCCGAAAUGUCCAAACCCCGAGUUAACUAUAGGAGUUAAGAAGCACUCCGAUAUGGGCACUCUAACAAUGCUUCUACAAGAUGACAUUGGUGGAUUAUACGUUAAAAAAGCAGGUGAAAACGUAUCAUCUGGAAACGAGGAGUGGGUCGAGGUUCCACCCACCCCUGGUGCUCUAGUCAUCAACGUUGGCGAUGUGUUACAGAUUUUAAGCAAUGGAAAGUACAAAAGUGCAGAACACAUAGUGCGAACCACAAGCACUGCAUCAAGAGUGUCGAUUCCUAUAUUCAAUGCUCCGGUUCCUGUAGCAAAAAUAGGACCAUUUCCGGAGCUGGUGGCUCGUGAUGGGGUCGCUAGAUACAAGGAGGUCACAUACAAAGAGUACACGAACAACAUCAUGCAGAAACCCCAUGGAGGAAAGAUGGCUCUUGAAUUCGCGUCUGUUUAAGCUUUUAUUCUCCAUUUUAGUGGAUUUGUUGUUUGUAAUAAAAGAGGAGUGGUGUACUCAAUUCACUGUGGUUUGCAAUUUAUUUACCAAAAUAUAAAAGAAAUUUUGUCAGA